GACUCGUGUCACGUGUGUAAUUUACGUGUUAAUUACAUAACAAACGUGUGACCUGUUGACCUCAAAGUUAACGGUGAUUAAUGCUGGUUACCAGCUGCGUCUCAUGACCUCACAGCGUCCUUCACCCGGUGUAAACAGCAGAUGGUCGUGAUGCUCGUCAGUGAGCGAGUCGCCGCCAUGCAGCCGUUCAACCACUCGAUAUGUAAACAUUCUGUAUACUUUAUUGAUAUAUUUAGAUGUAUUUACACAUUGAGCACAUUUAUACAGAGUGGGGACAUAUUUACAAAUUUGGGACGUAAUUUUGUUGAUGUUUUGCGUUGUCAUGAAAACUUCUGUUUAAAAGUCGUGUGUGUGUGUUCAGACAGUGUAAUCCCUGUGGAAACAUAAUCUUUAAUCCAACUGAACAAAAUACUUCAACCAGUAACACACACACACACACUGGAUCUGAAGUGUUACUCUCAUUCAAUCCAAGUAGGAACACAAAGAGACUGUGAGACGUGUUCAGGUGUGUGUGUCGUGUUCAGGUGUUUGUGUGUUCUACUCGAUUGUUGAAGUUCUUUUUUCUCCCUGUGGUUGUUUUGUGCGUCUCUGUCCUAAAUGGUUUUGGUGUGUGUAUGUGUAUGUGUGUGUGUGUGUGUGAGAGAUUAGUCUAACAUCUGUGCACAGUUAGAUAUUUUGGGGCGGCAGGUUUUUAAUCCUGGUUGAGGGUCGUUAGGACAGACGUGAUAUCUGAGCUGUGAUUGGUGGAUUAAAGCAACAGGAUUAAUAUGACUGCUGCAGUGGAGUGAGGGACAGAGACGGAGAGGACGACAGACAUCACACACCUCAACAGGUACGACUGUUAAACUGGAGACGAUCUGACACUGGGACACAUGUAUGAUGGUUGUCUUUGAUGGUUCCAGUUGACACAUCUCAGUCGUCAGCCAUGUUUGCCGGUCGGAUGUCGGUGGGAGCCACUGUCGGGCCGGCGGCGGGGAAAGCUGGAAAGUUGUCUGUGGAGGAGCUGUACGGGUUCACCAAGAAACCAAAGGUCACCAGAGGGAAAUCUGGGAAACCAGACAAAGGGGAAGCAAAGAAAGACACGAAGGAGAAGGAGGAGUCUGCGCUGGCGGCGCAGAUCCUGGAGGCGGCGAGGAGGCUGAUGGAGAGACGACGACUCGGGAUCUACCUGAAGGAGUGUGGAGUCACCAUCGAGCAGAGUCACAUGACCUACAGGAAUCUUGGGAAAUCUGGACUGAGAGUGUCCUGCUUAGGGCUGGGGACAUGGGUGACAUUUGGCUCUCAGAUCUCUGAUGAGAUGGCAGAGAGUGUGUUGACGCUGGCGUACGACAGUGGAGUGAACCUGUUCGACACAGCAGAGGUUUACGCCUCAGGCAGGGCCGAGACGACUCUGGGGAACAUCCUGAAGAAGAAAGGAUGGAGGAGGUCCAGUUAUGUGGUGACCACUAAGAUCUACUGGGGGGGGCAGGCAGAGACAGAGCGAGGGCUGUCACGGAAACACAUCAUUGAAGGUCUGCGUGGCUCUCUAUCCAGGUUACAGUUGGACUAUGUUGACAUCGUCUUCGCAAACAGGAGUGACCUAAACGCACCGAUGGAGGAGGUCGUCCGUGCCAUGACCUUUGUAAUCGAUCAGGGUUUGGCCAUGUACUGGGGAACGUCUCGCUGGAACGCUGUGGAGAUCAUGGAGGCGUACUCUAUAGCGAGACAGUUUAAUCUGGUUCCUCCAGUGUGUGAACAGGCUGAAUAUCACUACUUCCAGAGAGACAAGGUUGAGCUGCACCUGCCGGAGCUCUACCACAAGAUCGGGGUCGGAGCCAUGACCUGGUCCCCGUUAGCCUGCGGCCUGCUGACGGGAAAAUACAAUGAGGGCGUCCCGGAGAGUUCUAGAGCCGCCAUGAAGGGCUAUGCGUGGCUGAAGGAGCGUCUCUGCAGUGAUGAAGGGAAGAAGCAGCUCAGUAAAAUUAAAGACCUCCACCUGCUGGCCAGCAGACUGAACUGCACUCCUGCUCAACUCGCUAUAGCGUGGUGUCUCCGCAGUGAAGGCGUCAGCUCGGUUCUGCUCGGAGUCUCCAACACGGAACAGCUGCUGGAGAACCUCGGUUCUAUCAGGGUUCUGUCUCAGUUGACUCCGCCCCUUGUCACAGAGAUGGAUGUGUUGCUUGGCAACAAGCCCCGUGACUCCAAGAAGGAGGUGAGGAGCUGAGGUCUUCAAAGAGAAGACGACUCCAUCCUGUCCUCCUUGAAGACGGAGACAGGACGGAGACGCCAGGGACACGUCUUCUUCAGGGAUGGAGGCCACCACCUCCUCGUCGUCCAAUCAGAGACCUUGGGUCAGACACUGGGAAACAUUGACGUGUCCACAGCUGUUUAACAUCUGUUUUCAAUACAACAGAAUAUCAGUGAAACUUGACCAAUAGUUUAUAUAAAGGUUAUAUUAUUACAAUUAUUUACAAAAAUCUGAGAAUACUGAUCAAAUGAUUGAUCAGUUGUUACAAGAUGUUUGUUUGUUUGCCAGAUCUGUUUCAAAAUAAAAGCCUGCUGUGACAGA